AUGUAUUCAAUAAAUCAGAGAUUCAGCACUGUGGCUAACCAGUCUUUGUCAUAUGGCCUAUUGAUUAUUGCCAUCAUUGUUGGGACUUCCUACUAUCAAUUACAAUCUUCAAAUGCUUUUAAUAAUCUAAUCACUAUUGGAAAUAUAAAUCCAACUUUUGCUAUCAGAACAAGUAGAUAUUAUGGCUCAACUAAUGGCAAACCAAAAGAAAACGUUAAACUUACAUUUGACUUAGAUACCGAUUUAACUAGUUUAUUUAAUUGGAAUACCAAACAAGUUUUUGUCUAUUUAGUUGCUGAAUAUAAAGGUCAAAAACAUCCUGCAAUUUCAAAUACAGUCACAUUUUGGGAUAAAAUUAUCACAACUAAGAAAGAUGCAAUUUUACAUCUUGUUAAUGAAAAAGGUAAGUAUAAUGUAUGGGAUCUAGAAGAUAAAUUCCAGAAUAGAGACCUAGAAUUUUCCUUACAUUGGAAUCUACAACCUUGGGUUGGCCCUUUAAUUUAUGGGGAAACUGUUGGUAAUACAUCUAUUGUCUUAACCAAACCUGAAAAAAAGAAGAAAAAAAACACUGGGCAAGAAGAGUCUGUAAAAGAGAAUGCCUCAGUUGACGAAUAA